GGCUUCUGGGAUACGGGUGGAGGCUGGAAGGAAAAAAAGAUCUUUUUUUUCUGGGCCCGGCAGCGGAUUGAGGCGCUUGAAAGAGGGAAAAAAGUCGAGACUUGGGCUCAGGUGCUGACAUUUGGGGUGCAAGAGCAUGUCGCAGUCCGGUGAAAAAGUAAAGUUUUCAGACUCUGCGGGAUAUGUUGGCUUUGCCAAUCUCCCUAACCAGGUUCACAGGAAGUCCGUCAAGAAGGGCUUUGAGUUCACCCUCAUGGUGGUUGGUGAAUCUGGCUUGGGAAAAUCUACGUUAAUUAACAGUUUGUUCCUGACUGAUCUGUAUCCUGAACGUUACGUUCCUGGAGCGGCAGAAAAAAUAGAAAGAACCGUCCAGAUUGAAGCUUCUACCGUAGAGAUAGAAGAGCGAGGGGUGAAACUCCGCCUCACUGUAGUAGAUACCCCGGGAUACGGAGACGCCAUCAAUAGUCAGGACUGCUUCAAGACAAUCAUCCACUACAUUGACAACCAAUUUGAAAGAUACCUUCAUGAUGAGAGUGGACUCAACAGGCGCCACAUCAUAGACAACAGAGUUCACUGCUGUUUUUACUUCAUAUCGCCAUUUGGGCAUGGGUUGAAGCCCUUGGAUGUGGAAUUCAUGAAAGCCCUUCAUGGAAAAGUGAACAUCGUCCCCGUGAUUGCCAAGGCAGACACUUUGACGCUGAAGGAGAGAGAGAGACUGAAGAGACGGGUUCUAGAUGAGAUUUCUGAGCAUGGUAUUCGCAUUUACCAGUUGCCCGAUGCUGAUUCUGACGAGGAUGAAGAAUUCAAGGAACAGACAAGAGUCCUGAAGGCGAGCAUUCCUUUUGCUGUGAUUGGAUCCAACCAGCUUAUCGAAGUGAAAGGAAAAAAGAUCAGAGGUCGCCUGUACCCGUGGGGGGUGGUGGAAGUUGAGAAUCCAGAACACAACGAUUUCCUGAAGCUACGUACUAUGCUGGUGACACACAUGCAGGAUCUUCAAGAAGUAACCCAAGAUUUGCACUACGAGAACUUCCGGUCUGAGAGAUUAAAGCGCACUGGCAAGCCUGUUGAGGAAGAGGUUGUGGACAAAGAUCGGAUCCUCCAGCAGAAAGAGGCAGAGUUGCGUCGCAUGCAGGAGAUGAUUGCCCAUAUGCAAGCCCAGAUGAGGAUGAAACCUGGUGACGAAUGAGACACCAACCAGGAUGUGGACGUGGUUGCUCAGCACUCUUUAAAAAGAGCCAGUGCUUUAUCUGAACAUGGACGAUGACACUAGUGAACACGAAUGGAUUGCGCAUGGAUGGUCAGGGCUGGAUGCUACGAAAUGGGGCAGAAAAGAUCAUGUUUAAAACCAGCCUCCCCCUCUUCCUUUGCUCAAUGUAUACAUUCCUUAAUCAUGCUGUUUAUCUUGUCCUUCAUCUUUGUACUAUUGAUGUGCUCAUGUUUAUAAUGUGGGACCUAUUUUGCUUGCCUGUUUUGUUCCUUCCCCUGCAAAAUGCUAACGUGGCAUUCUAUAUGUACUAGUCUUUGAGAGUAUGUUGGGGAAUCACAUCCUCCGCCCUAGGUAAUUCUUGAUACUUUUUUCUGCCUUUUCUUACAAAUAGAUGGGGACAGAAUUGUAUUCUUGGACUACGACUCCCAGAAUCCCCGGGCAGUACCUGUCUUUCUUCUAGAAUAGAAAUCUGCCUGGGGAAUUCUGGGAGUUGGGAGUUUCAAAAACACAAAUCUACCCCCCUCUACUUAACUAAAAGUACUUGUUGAACUGUUUACUAUAAAUGUGCAUUAUUUGUUCCAUAUCGGAUCUACUAUUUCUAAAGAUUUGACUGAACCAUCGUAUUGCUCGUCACUAGUUUAUAAUGUUUUACUAGCACAGUUUGUCUUUCUAAGUAUCUUUUAGGGGUAGGAUUCCCUCUGGUGCUUUGUUCUUAAAAAAAAAAGGUACUGAACACUAAUGCUUCAUCAGAUCCGUGACGGGAGGGGGACCAGACAUCCUUUUAUCCACAAUGCCUUAAAUCACAGAAAGGGUCUUCCAUGCCAAAUAUUCUCAGAGGCCUCCGAAAUGAUCCGUCUUGAAUUUUCAGGUAUUAAAUCAGGAAUCAGUUUCUGUUGGAGCCAUUUCUGGUUCCCCCUCAGUGGAGAACACAAACGGUACGUACUUCCAAGGUUUUGUAUGUAUUAUGGCACUAACUUUCCCUUAGUUUUGUAAUAAAUGGGAUAGAUAUGAGAUAACAA